UGGUAUUCACUCUUGGGAAUUCGUAGUUAGCACAACGUAAUAAUUAUGUUGCGAUAUCUGCGAUAUCUGUUGGUGCUUUUGUGCGUAACAUCAUAUUGCGUGGCAGAUCAGUCUGACACUACGAACAGUUUGCAAGACCUUGACGCCGUUGUAAGCCAAUCUUUUGCAGCCGUAGGCAAGUCAUUAUGCGACAGUGAUCCGAAUAUGGGCGCGUUACAGCAACUGCUGUGCUCGUCCCAGAACGGUCAGCGUAUGGAUUUCGGGCAGCAAAUCAUUUACAUCAACAGGCCGCCGCAGUGGAGAACGCACAAAGCUGUCAAUCUCCUGGACAAAGUAGGAAGCGAUUACCUCGUCACACCCGGCAUAGGCGCUCAUAAACUUCACAUUCGCAAGCUACCGUGGAACCGCGCCCGUAGAACUUGCAUCCAAGAAGGGGGUCACCUGGCUAUUAUCAAUUCUAACUCGGAGGAGAAGCUGCUGCUGCGCGUUAUGGAGGAGAACAAGAUGACCCAGGCGUGGCUCGGUGUGCACGAUCUGUACGAAGAGGGCGACUGGAACACGAUCUUGGACGAACCCAUGGAGUCGUCGGGUUACGCGAAAUGGACCACGAAAAUCGCUAAUUUACCCGAUAACGCUGGAGGGAAGCAGCACUGCGGACUCCUUCUGAAGGACGGCGGCAUGGACGAUUUAGAUUGCGCCGCGGGGCAACCCUUCUUCUGUGAGAUCAAUUUCUGAAUCUCAGCGGAAAUUCGCGAUCGCGCGUCCGAUCGCAAUAUAAUGCCGUAAUGACGCCGUAACGACACGCGAUUCGCCGAAGAUUACGAUUUAUAACGACGAUUACACGGACUGUGCAAUUAAGGUCGGAUUAACAGCGCCGAUAACGCAAAGCAUAUAUGCGGAUUGCGUGAUUAUGAUCAGAGGUAGUGCGGGUGUUACGGGAUGGCCUAAGAUUUUUUCAAGAUCGAAUCGAAAACUGUUAAAAAGAACCGAAUUCGUUUUCACUUGUAAUGCCAAGUGUGUCGGAAUAUCUUGUUUGUCUUGCGAAGAAAGAAUUUUUCGCGUAUUUCGGUGAAUAUUAAUGAUCGAACAGUUGAUAAUAAUUAUUAUAUUAUCGUCUAUUAUAAAUUUAUAUUUAUAUAUCUUCUGUUAUAAUAAUACAAUGUCAUAUUCCGUAAUACCCGGCAUCGCCAUUUACCUUUUUAUAUAAUGAAUUAUGUAUUAUAUUGUAAUGAAAAUGUACACCAUAUCCCACACGGCAGAAAUGUCCGGAAUACAUCAUAGGGAUAUCUCUGUUGUGUGCGAUAUCUCUGCUGUGUGGUGAGUGACACUAGUAGAAUACAUUAAAGUUAUAUCUUA